AUGGGCGGCCUCACCAUGGACCAGGCCUUCGUGCAGGCCCCCGAGCACCGCCCGAAGCCCACUAUGACUGAGGCCACCGGCAUCCCUCUCAUCGACCUCUCGCCUCUCAUCGCCGAUGGCGGCGACGCGGCCGCGGUGGACGCGCUGGCCGCCGAGGUGGGCGCGGCGAGCCGAGACUGGGGCUUCUUCGUGGUGGUGGGCCACGGCGUGCCCGCGGAGACCGUGGCGAGCGCGACGGCGGCGCAGCGCGCCUUCUUCGCGCUGCCGCCGGAGCGGAAGGCCGCCGUGCGGAGGAGCGAGGCGGAGCCGCUCGGGUACUACGAGUCGGAGCACACCAAGAACGUGAGGGACUGGAAGGAGGUGUUCGACCUCGUCUCUCGCGAGCCGCCGCCGCCGGCCGCCGUGGCCGACGGCGAGCUUGUGUUCCAGAACAAAGAGGCGCUGGAGGAGUACGCGAAGGCGAUGGAGGAGCUGGCGUUCAAGCUGCUGGAGCUGAUCUCCCGGAGCCUGAAGCUGAGGCCCGACCGGCUGCACGGCUUCUUCAAGGACCAGACCACCUUCAUCCGGCUGAACCACUACCCUCCGUGCCCGAGCCCCGACCUGGCCCUCGGCGUGGGGCGGCACAAGGACGGCGGCGCCCUGACCAUCCUGUACCAGGACGACGUCGGCGGGCUGGACGUCCGGCGGCGCUCCGACGGCGAAUGGGUCCGCGUCAGGCCCGUGCCGGACUCGUUCAUCAUCAACGUCGGCGACCUCAUCCAGCCCGUGGAGGAGCUGAUGAGCGAGGACGACCCGCCCAGGUACAACCCCUACAAUUGGGGCGAAUUCUUCAGCACCAGGAAGAACAGCAACUUCAAGAAGCUCAACGUGGAGAACAUCCAGAUCGCGCAUUUCAAGAAGAGCCUCGUCCUCGCCUAG